CUCUCUCCCUCUCUCUCUCUCUCUCUCUCUCUCUCUCUCUCCCUCUCUCUCUCUCUCUCUCUCUGUCAGUGUGUGAGUGUGUUCCGAGGGUCUCAUCCUGACGGAAUCCCCCCCAGAAGCGGCGCGCGGACCUGUAACGCUGCGGAACGCGCGCGACACUCCGCGGAGGAACCAGAAACCAGGACAAAAACACGGUUUACAGACUCCGUCUGCGCGGAUUCCUCCCAGCGACCCACACGUUUCUCUCACAAAUCGCCUCCUCUCCUCCUUUUCUCUUCAUUUUUCUCUCCUCCACUCCGGCUCGACAUGCUCGCGGUGAGCGCGCGAGGACACGGUGGAUUUACAGCGGCUCCCGCGUGGAGCGACGCGAGGAGGGACGAGGAGAAUGAAGGAGAGAAGAACGGAGGACAUUAACACCAGGUAAUGAGCGUGUCCUGUUGCAGGUGCUGCAGACACGGUUUAUGAACUGGACACAUUGGGACUAAAGACCGAUAAACAAGAGCUGAAGCUGACCGAUUGUGUUAGAUCUGCCACUGAGUCACUGGAGUACCACCGUGUCGAUAUCUGUAUGAGGGGGUCCAGUGAGCUCCAUGCAAUCCCCCCACCACCCUAGACAGGUCUCUCCAUUGCUUCACAAGCUCAAAAAGGUUCCGUUGACUUCUUUUCAGACCGACCUUCACCAGACGCUGACGCCUGAGGGGGGGGGGGAAGGCCAAAAACACUCUCAAAAGACAAAAACAAUGCGCCGAGGAAAGAGACCCCGCUGUCCAGAAGUGUGUGUGGAUGACAUGAGCACUCGGUCGCCGACUCUUCAGAAUGGCCCACGCCGAGAAAGGCGAGUUCUCUUCUCCACUCGCUCCUCGUGACACCAGAGGGGCUGAAGCCGAGAAUCAUGGGAGUUGUAGUCCAUUUGGUGGUGAUCAUCUGGGCUUCGCUUGGUUGGUCCAGGGCCGCAGAGAAGCCCCCAUCUUUGAGUGUGGCAGUGAUCCUGGGCCAGACACGGGCUGUGCCGGAAUCGGCUCUGCGCCCCGCCCGGGGUGUCGGCGCGCCCCUGGAUGUGAGCGUCCUAGGUGUGCAAAUGAACCAAACGGACCCAGGGAGCAUGCUGACACACCUGUGUGAGCUCAUGUCCCGGCAGAGACUGCACGGGCUGGUGUACGGCGACGGGACGGAUCAAGAGGCCGUCGCUCAGAUGCUGGACUUUGUCUCGUCUCAGACCUCCAUGCCCAUACUGGGCAUCCACGGUGGCUCCGCCAUGACUAUGGCUGAGAAGGAUACCAGCUCGUCCUUUUUCCAGUUCGGGGCCUCCCUCCAGCAGGAGGCGCUUCUCAUGCUGGCCGUGAUGGAGGAAUAUGACUGGCAUGUCUUCUCGGUGGUCACCACCAAGUUCCCAGGCUAUCAGGAGUUCAUCUCCACUAUACGUGUGACGGUGGACCACAGCUUCGUGCGAUGGGAUCUGCAGAGCGUGGUGACGCUGGAAGGCGUCGGCGAACCUGAAGACCGGGCACACGUGCAGCUCAAGCGCAUCCAGUCGCCCGUCAUCCUCCUAUACUGCUCCAAAGACGAAGCAGAGAUGGUGCUAGUCGAGGCCCGGUCGCUGGGGCUGACGGGGGCCAGCUACGUGUGGAUGGUCCCGAGUCUCACAACUGGUAACCCGGAGCGCACGCCCGAGGCCUUCCCUUCAGGGAUGAUUUCUGUUGCGUACGACGAGUGGGACUACCCACUGGAAACACGGGUGCGGGACGCAGUGGGAAUUCUCAGUUCGGCAGCAGCUGCUAUGUUUCGAGAGCAGGGUCGCAUUCCAGACGGAACAGUUAGCUGCUCCGGUCAAUUGGAGAAACCAGAGGUGCCCCCCAGUGCUCUGCGCAGAUAUAUGAUGGCUGUAAAUCUGGAGGGCAGGGAUCUAUCGUUCAUGGAUGACGGAUAUCAGAUGAACCCCAAACUGGUGGUUAUUGUACUUAACCCGGACGGAGAGUGGGAGAAGAUGGGUCGCUGGGAAAACCACUCAUUGAUUCUGAAGUUCCCUGUGUGGCCCCGCUACAACUCAUUUGGAGACACAGAAGCAGAUGACAACCAUCUAAGCAUUGUGACUUUGGAGGAGAGACCCUUCGUUAUUGUAGAUGACGUGGACAUUCUGACUGGGACCUGCAUGCGCAACUCAGUACCCUGCAGGAAACACAUCAAAGAUAACACUACGGGUGGCUCCUAUAUCAAGCAGUGCUGUAAGGGCUUCUGUAUAGAUAUCCUGAAGAAGAUUGCCAGGAAUGUAAAGUUCACUUAUGACCUUUACCUGGUAACCAACGGCAAGCACGGCAAAAAGAUCAAUAACGUGUGGAAUGGCAUGGUGGGGGAGGUGGUUUACAAAAAGGCUGUGAUGGCUGUUGGUUCGUUGACGAUAAAUGAGGAGAGGUCAGAGGUCAUUGACUUCUCAGUCCCAUUUGUAGAAACGGGCAUCAGUGUUAUGGUCUCCCGCAGCAAUGGAACAGUAUCCCCUUCUGCGUUUUUGGAACCUUUCAGUGCUUCAGUGUGGGUAAUGAUGUUUGUGAUGUUGCUCAUCGUCACCGCAAUUGCUGUCUUCCUGUUCGAGUUCAUCAGUCCACUGGGCUUCAACAGAAACCUAGCCCAGGGCAAAGACCCUCAUGGUCCAUCGUUCACCAUAGGCAAGGCCAUAUGGCUUCUUUGGGGUCUGGUCUUCAAUAACUCUGUGCCAGUACAGAACCCUAGAGGCACCACCAGUAAGUUUAUCGUGUCUGUUUGGGCCUUCUUUGCUGUGAUCUUCCUGGCCAGCUACACUGCAAACUUGGCUGCCUUCAUGAUCCAGGAGGAGUUUGUGGACCAGGUCACUGGUCUCAGUGACAGAAAAUUCCAGAGUCCAUAUUCCUUCUCACCACCGUUCCGGUUUGGUACAGUCCCAAAUGGCAGCACAGAGAGGAACAUCAGGAAAAACUACCCAGACAUGCACCAGUACAUGGUCAAGUACCACCAGACUGGAGUCCAAGAUGCACUAGUCAGCCUAAAGACUGGCAAACUGGAUGCAUUCAUAUAUGACGCAGCCGUGUUAAACUACAUGGCGGGGCGAGACGACGGCUGUAAGCUGGUAACUAUUGGCAGUGGCUAUAUCUUUGCCACCACUGGUUAUGGCAUAGCCCUUCAGAAAGGAUCCUAUUGGAAGCGUCUGGUUGACCUUGCCAUCCUUGGGAUCAUUGGAGAUGGUGAAAUGGAGGAGCUGGAGGCCCAGUGGCUGACGGGUAUCUGCCAUAAUGAGAAAAAUGAAGUGAUGAGCAGUCAGCUGGAUGUGGACAACAUGGCUGGCGUAUUUUACAUGCUGGCGGCUGCCAUGGCCCUGUCACUAAUCACCUUUGCCUGGGAGCACCUUUUCUACUGGCGACUCCGUUACUGUUUCACUGGUCUGUGCUCUGGGCGACCUGGACUCCUCUUCACUAUCAGCAGGGGUAUCUGGAGCUGUAUUCAUGGUGUUCACAUUGAGAUGAAAAAGUCUCCAGAGUUGAAUUUCAGUCCUCAGGCGAACAUGCUGCACUUACUGAAAUCUGCCAAAGAGAUUACCACCCUAGGGGUAACCUCUCCUAAACGACCUGUCUCCAGCCUUCUCCCUCACACCCCGGGCUUGCUGGAACUUAUGAACAAAGGCAAUAGCCUUGGUCCAAAAGACACUGUCUACAGCAAUGCCAGCACUAUGAUUGCCAAUCGGCACAAAGAGCCUCUCAACAACGUUCUUUUGCCUGGGCAGCGUGCUCUUAGCUUAGUUGAUGCACAGUCUGUUGAUGACAGCACAGUAGGUAGUAAUGACCCAGGGCGACCUCCUGCCUCCAAGUCCCGUGCACUCUGGAAGAAGUCGGUUGAAACACUACGACAGGGCCAAGGACCCACCGACAACUCCCCACCCCCCACUGCCCCACCCAUCGAGCCUCGUGCAACUAUGAAGAGCCAGCGAUACUUGCCAGAAGAUCCUCAAGCACGCUCUGACAUGUCUGAUUGUUCUGGCCGUGUCGACCUACAGAAGCAGCACAAGGUCAAAGAAACACUACGGAAACGCAACCGCCUGCCACGGGACCUAAGUGACGUGGAACUGUCAACACUGCGCAGCCAGGCCAGCCAACAGAGCAAUCACAGUGGCCAGAUCUACUCUCAGAGCAGUCAGGGCAGUCAGAUCUACACCAUUGACUCCAUUGACCAAGAUCACGGACUACACUACCCUGACAUAUUCAGCGAGCACAGGGACAACAAACAUCGCCCUCCCUCCUCCUCUGAGCAACAGCCAAUUCUGCAGCUGAACAGUAACCUGCUUACUCAGGUUCACGAGCCAGAUGUCAUGCAGACUGUCUCUGCUGCUGCUAAGGAGAAGAAGUACAACACAUAUGGCAAGCCUGGUGGGGUAGGAGUCAGUCCCGGUGGACCUAGUUCCAUACAGGACCACCGACAGACCCACUGCCGUAGCUGCCUGUCAAAGGUGUCAAGCUACUCUGGGCUUUAUACAGUGCGGUCUCCUCAGUACCGCUGUGAUGCCUGUCUGCACUCUGGCAACCUGUAUGACAUCAGCGAGGAUCAGUUCCUCCACCCUGAUGCAGGUGUCAGUAUCAUUCGGGGCGGGAGUGUAGAUAGGAAUUUCUCUGCUUUUCUGCCCCAGCCUGAUGCUUCCUUCACUGCUUAUCUUCCCCAGAAUGACCAAGAGGGUGAAGGGCUUAUCAGCCACUAUCAGAAUGAAGGUGUUAUCAUUCAUCGGCAGCAUUCCUAUGAGAACCUGCCCCAGAAGAAUUCCUCACGUCGGGUUAGCCUCCAGGACAGUGCUCCUUAUGCCAAUAUGCCCACUUCCACCCUGAUCCUAGACAAGCCCCCAAAGAGCCAGUCCACGCACCUUAACCACACACUUGCCGGAGUGGGUGUUAGUGGGCUUGGCAUUGGCCGGCGCAGCAAGUCAAUGUAUCCGGCCCGCCCGACGGAGAACCCUUUCUUGCAGACGCUCCGCGAUGACCAGCGUCUGGCUCACGGCCGCAGCUCCACGGACAUUUACAAACAGUUGGUGCCGCUCACAUUAGGUCAGGUCACUGAUGGCAAGGGGCUCGGCAUGGGGGUAGCAACUCCUGACCUCUUUUACCCCGAGCAUGUCAUGCCUUAUGUAGCCCCUCCCCCAAUUGGAACAUACCCAACCCCCAGAGCAAUGAGUGCAGGUGGUGCCCGGCGUGUCUACAAGAGGAUGCCCAGCAUUGAGUCCGAUGUCUGAAGGACUGAGAGAAAGAGACUGAGAGACAGUGAGACUGACUCCAAGAAGGAUGCCUUACGCAAAAGCACGGGACGUUCCAUGUGGAUAUGGAUUAAUAUUGAGACAGCUUACUGGAUAGUGAAGCUUUACAUCUAGGCGGGAAUAAAAAGUUGGAAUAUAUUUUGUUCCCUGCUCUUGGACAAAUCUCUCAAAGUUCAACAUUACAUCAGGUCCUCCCCUCUAGUUGAGCGGCAGCUCUGUGUCUUCCACAUAAACACCGAAGACGGCAGCACAUGCAGUCCGGACAUUGACAUGCCGUAGAGAGGAAGUGCGACAAAAGCUGCUGGAAAUCGCGGGGCAGCUCCAAAGAGUUUCCCUCUUCACACCAACAAACGAGCAACCAAAAAAAAUCCCAUGCACAGAUGACCACACCCACACUCACGCAAACAAAUGAAGUAAAAUUUGUGCAUAUGAUACACAAACACAACUGAAACAACAGAAGUCCAAAUAACACACACACACACACACACACACACACACACACACACACACACACACACACACACACAGUAUAUCUAAGAUGCACAGAAACACUUGCUCAAGUCCAAACCGAAAAGAAGCGCUGCAAAGUUCGUAAACAAAAAUUCUAAUAGAUUAUAAAAGCUUUGUAAAAGUCAAACCGAGGGAAGAAAAUAACUCCACACGAAGCGAAUAUGAUUAGCAGAAAUCACUGAUAGUGCAAAACUUGACAAAACGUACCUAAAUGAGACGUCUCAGUCUAUUUUUGACCGUAUAACAGGAGGAACUCUUGGUGUAUUUGGGGAAGGACACCACUUAGCUUAGAAUCACGUUUUAAGGUCAAGGUUAAGAACUUUAUUGUCCUCCUCCUCCUCCUCCUCCUCUUCCUCCUACCUUACCUUACCUGCAUGCCAAACAUAAGCAGGAAGACACCGUUCUUCUCUGAGCCACCAGUGUUGGGCACACAACAAUGACACAUGACUUCUAAAUUUUAUUAGAUUGAGGUUAUUUCUAUAGUUGUCUAGAGAAAACAUGUGAGACGAGUCAUUUUUACACAGUUUUAUACACUGCCAAAUAUCUGACCAAGUGGUGUGCAGAGCAUGGAUAUCGUUAUGGUAUAAGAAUACAGAAAGCAAGGAAGACGCAAAAAAAGGGAGAAAGAUUCAGAAGCGGAGAGCUAUGGAGAGAACUAUGCUUUAAUGGUUACAUGACGCAAAGGGACUUGGGAAAGAAACUGUAAUCUGAGAGCCCAUACAAACAAAUGAUGUCACACAUUGCACUGCAGGACCACAGAUAUAAGAACUUCCUGUUUGCCUCCAAUGCACAAACACACCACUUCCUGCAGAAUUAAACCACACGCCCAUACUUCACUACUAUCUUUUGGUUGUUUUCGAAUAUAAUGGUCGUUCCAGCGAUAUGCACAAUAUCAGGUUGCAAUAUAAUAUUUAUGUAUGAAAUUUCCUAGUUUUAAUAUGUUUUAUUAUUAGUUCACUUAAUUUAUGAAUUGUAAUACAUGUAAAAUUAAUUUAUAAAUGUGAUUUAAUUGCAUAUGUAUAAAAAAAAAAGUUAACAGCAUGUUAAUCUUCUCUAUGGUCAGACUUUCAGAAUUGUUAUUUUUAAUUUUUGAUGUGAAUGGGAGUAAAUGUUUACAGUGAAUAUGGAAAUAUGGAUCAUCUCAAAUGUGAUUUUGAUUGUCAUUUGAAUACAAGCAUAAAAGUGUCAUAUGGCGAAAAUGUCAAACUGGA